ACAGAAAAGGUUCACAGAAAAGAACCUUUUCUUAGGAGCCAGCCUGACCUCCCCUGACAUAGCUCCAUGCAAUUCCCUUGGUUUUCUUUCCAUGGUUGCCACAACACCAGGGGUUUUGGUUGUUCGCAGGAGAGACCCAUCCCCUGCUCCUGGUCCUGGAGACAAGGCACAUCUGCUGGAGGGGUGGCUUUCCAGCCAGGAGAGGACCACAGCCUUCCUCCUCCAUCAGGCCUUCCGAAUCAAGAAUGACAUUGUCUCCUACCUCCAGGAAACCACAGGCUUUCAGCACAGAGAGACUGCUGCUCGGCAACUACUGCAGAACCAUAUACAGACCAUAAUAGGCAUAGUUGAAAAGCUCAGCCAGGACAUUCAGGUUUUGGAGAGACAAAUAAGAACAAGAGAUGGUUGCACAGUGCAAACCAAUUUUGCUAUUCAAAGUCUGGACCAUAAAUAUAUCCAGAGUCUUGGAGACCUGCGUGGAAGAGUGGUGAGAUGUGAGGCAAGUAUUGCACAGCUAUCAGGAGACAUCCAUGUUAUCAGGCACGAGGUCCAGAACAUCAAUAAGGAGAUCUACAGCCUUCACUCUAUCCUCAAAAAUCAUACUGGCAGUUUUGAGAAGAUGGCAAUGCAGCUAUUAGGCAAGAUAGAGACUUCCAACUCUGAUCAAAGAUCAAAUUUAAAGACAGUCCAGGGAGAUCAACGUCACGAAUUGCAACUUCUGGAUUUCAAGUUGACAAGCAUUCUAAAUGACUUCAAAGAUCAGAUUCAGAAUCAGCGGAAGUGGAUGGAGGCGCAGCUGACACAAUCUGAAGAUCGAGCCCAGUACCAGCACCAGCAGCUCAGUGCAAUGAAGGAAAGGCUGGAAGCAGCAGAAAAGAAAAUAGAAGAGAAGCUUCUACUUCUGUCACUACAGCUAGAGCAAUCAGAUAACCCAGAGAAAUACAAAAGGCAGUUGAACCAAAUGAAGAGUGAUGAAAAAAAUCUGCAUGCAAGAAUCACCAGGUUUGAAAGACAGAUUUGGAAGGAGCUUGAGGAAAUCCAGAAUGAAUACAGAUCAGGAUUUCAAUCCAUUCACGAGUCUCUGGAGCUGCUCAAACAAAUACAGAACACAAAGCUGAAACUUGAAAAGAAGAAAACUGAGAAAUACACAUACAAAGCAAGAGACUUUCCAUGAGACUGAACUGCAAAAGCAAACCCUUAUAAACACACUCAGAUGCUCUCUCCAAUAAAAGCAGCAUUGGUGCAAACAUGCUCACCUUUGUUUUCCCCUGUCGCUGUAGGAUGUUCUUGUGGCUUGUGAAAUUGGACAGCCACAAAAAUAACAGCUCUGCUACACCUGCAGCCAUUUUCAAAUUCACAAUUAAAAGUACACAAAGAAAAGCUUUAAAUAAAGAUGGACUUAGAAUAUUGAAAGCAGAUUUCAUACAGAAGUAUUCAUACUACUUAAAGGACUUUAUGAAUUUACCACUCAAUGUUUAAGCAGUGUUAGCCCAGUUCUGCUGGAAGCUAUGUCUUAGAUUGCUGUAAAUACUGAAAUCAGGCUGAAAAGAUUCCUUCAGCUCCAUAGAAUGUGUAGGUAGUAAAAGUGUUAUGAAAAGUGGAAUGACUUGGACUGCUUAUAAGAAGUUACUCAAUCAUUAAAAGUAGCUUGUAAGUUGGGUACAAAUGCUCAAAUGCAAGUUAAUUAUUAGCAGAAACAUUAUUAAGGUUUAUUACUCACCUCUGUUCUUACUGAAGAAAGUUGUUGCUGAUUAGCAAUGUAGUGCUUAAAACUGUA